GUUGGGCCGGACCGGAGGCUGGGAGCGGGAGUUUUGAACGUUGGUGCGGGCGGCUCGAGAUGCAGCGCUGCCGGGGACCCUGGGCCACCUGCCCGGAGCAGGAGGAGCCGGAAUGCAGCAUUCAAGAAAAGAUUGACUUUGAAAUCCGCAUGCGAGAGGGAAUUUGUAAACUGCUUGCAGUGAGCACCCAAAAAGACCAAGUGCUGCAUGCAGUUAAAAACCUGAUGGUUUGCAAUGCUCGCGUACUUGCCUACAAGACACAACUACAGAAACAAAAAGAGGAACCAGUCACGUACAGAACAGGAGGAGGGUGUUCAGAUGUUCGGACUAAAGAGCGUGCAGCAUGUAGAGGAAAGGUUGCCAUAUCAGAUAUUCGCAUACCAUUAAUGUGGAAAGGCUCUGAUCACUUCAACAGCAAAGAAAGAUCACAGCGCUAUGCAAUUUUUUGCUUAUUCAAAAUGGGAGCUGAGGUUUUUGAUACAGACAUGGUUAUUGUGGAUAAAGCAAUAACUGAUAUCUGUUUUGAAAAUGUAACCAUAUUUGAUGAAGCGGGGCCAGACUUCCAAGUAAAGUUUGAAGUGUAUAGUUGCUGUACAGACCAAUCUUCAACGAUAACAAACACUCCUAAGAAGCUAGCCAAGAAGCUUAAGACAUCCAUUGGUAAAGCUACUGGAAAGAAAAUCAACUCUUUGCAAGAAGACGACCUUGAAUCCUUUUCAUUCACUGACCCAAUCAUACCUGGUGCAAAAUACAGUUUGCUGGCACAUACCACUUUGGGGUUGGACAGUGCUGAGGACAAUUUCAGGACCCACAACCUUACCGUUACAGGAAAUGAGGAGUCGUCGUUCUGGCUUCCCUUAUAUGGAAGCAUGUGUUGUCGUUUAGUUGCUCAGCCAUUCUGCAUGGCCAAGGAUGUGAUGUCAGGAUUUCUUAAUCAGCAGCAAAUGGUAGGAAGCCUGACUAACUGGAGGAGGCUGUACUGUGUACUAAGAGGUGGUAAACUCUUUUGUUAUUAUACACCCGAAGAAAUUGAAGCUAAAGUGGAGCCAGCUUUGACAGUUUCCAUCAACAAGGGAAAAGAACCUUUGAAGUGUGGAAAGCAGUCAUUUUCAUUUCACAGACAAAUACACCAACCGUGUCUCUUACAGGAAACCAGAAUCCGUGCUGUGGAUAGGGGCACCGAGAAAAGAAUUAAUAACUUUACUGUUACCAACCCUGUGGAUGGAGAGGCUGUGACUCAACUUUUUGCAGCUGACAGCAGGGAAGAACUUCAUAAGUGGAUGGAAGCUUUCUGGCAGCAUUUCUACGAUCUUAGCCAGUGGAAACAUUGUUGUGAAGAAUUUAUGAAAAUUGAGAUUAUGUCACCACGGAAACCACCUUUGUUCUUGACAAAAGAGGCAACCUCAGUCUACCAUGAUAUGAGUAUUGAUUCUCCAGUGAAACAUGAAGGUUUAACAGAUAUCAUACAAAGGAAAAUUGAGGACACUGAUGGAGAGUUCCUGAUUGGCCAGCAGAAGGAGUCUGUACCUUCUGUAUGGGCCCCAUUAUUUGAUGGUUCUCACCAGAUGCUUGUCCAGAAAAAUAUUGUGUUUCCAGAUGCAAAUAGUGAGAUAGUAAGUCCUAAUGAUGGCAAAGGAAAGAAAAGAAGAGCUCCACUUCCACCGUCUGAUAAGCUACCAUACAGCUCAAAAACUCAGAUGAUCACAGAUCAGUUGGACAAGGAAAACUUGUGGAAGAAGCCUACCAUUGCACGUAGGACCUCUUCUUCUUUUGAUGCCAAGUUAUCUUCCAUGAUGUAUCAGUUGCAGAGGCCCAAUGCUGCUCCUCGCAAACUGGUUCCUUGCAGGAAAAGCAGCUCAAUUGACAGUGAAAAUCCUCUCUCUUCAGUUACUGAGACACAGUCUGAAACCAAACCAGUGCCAGCUCCUAGACAGAAAUCCAUCAAAGAAAUACUAGAUCCUAGAUCAUGGUUGCAGUCACAGGUGUAACAUUUAGUUUAUAAAAGUGACCAACAUAUAAAGUUUACUAGUAUUUGACAUUUAUCAGUGACCUGAGUCUUUGAUAAGAACUGAGCCAUUACAACUAUUUUUAAUGUAUAUAAUUCUAAGCCCAUAUUUUGUAUUGCAAUCUCAGCUCUGCUUGUCACUGUCAAGAUCUAAAGAAUUUCUCUAACAAAGUAUAAAGGGUAUUGCAAUCUCAGCUCUGCUUGUCACUGUCAAGAUCUAAAGAAUUUCUCUAACAAAGUAUAAAGGGUACUGUGUGUGCAUGCACGUGUUGUAGAAGGGAACAUCUCCAAGAUGUUUAAACCUAACAAAGUAUAAAGGGUAAUGUGUGUGUGUGCAUGCACGUGUUGUAGAAGGGAACAUCUCCAAGAUGUUUAAACCUUUGUACUUCUCCACACUACAUGCAGUAUCGGAAAUUUCGUGCUACCCUUAAAGCAUGGUCACGCUCUAAAAGGUAAUUCCAAGGUUUGUUUCAGUGUCUCCAUAUCAGAUGUGCUCAAUUUAUAAAUUAAGACUUUUUGAACAACUUUGCCGGCUCAGUCUGAGAUCUAUGAGAUUUUUUUCUGGCCCAUACUGUCAGAAUUGACCAAGUCUAAUGCAGGUUAUCUAUUCAUUCUGAUAGCAUUUGAGACAGAAUAGAAUGAUCUCCUUCUAACUGUUGGUUUUGCAAGGCUAAUGGAACUUUUUAAAAAAUCUUAAUAUCUAAAAAUUGAUAUAUAUGACUGAUUACACACAGAAAGCACAUAAGAUGUCAAUUUUACAGUCACUUUUCUGACCAUUAUAAGGAACGAAUUACUCCAUAUCAAAAGUCUGUAAUACUGGCAUCCCACCAGUUGGUGGUAGACAAACUUGAAUGCAGAGCCUUAUUACUAGUAUAAUUUUUUUUCUUUUUCCCCUCACUUUUUUCUUUGACUUUGAGACCUAACAUGUAGGUGAAAUCAUUUAGGUCAAACAACCCCGUUGGGUUUGUUCACCACUUUCACGGGAGCUACAGAUUACAGUGAGCAGACGACUUUCUUGGGCUACUGCACGUGAUCCUCAAUGUAUGGAGAGGCCUCAUGCUACCAUCUCUGGAUUUCAGAGUACAGGUCACUACAUUUCCUCCAUGGAAACAACUGCAUCACAUAAGAUGCAGACUUUCCUUUACACCAGAGCCUUAUCCACAAGCAAAGGACUGCUUGCUAGUCAGCCAUCAAGAACACUGGAAUUCAGAACUGUGUUCUGAAAAUCUUAUCAGUAAUUUUACAUACAAUUCACUAAAAUUUUUUAUAUAGCAGCAAAGCCUUCAAAAUAAACCAUUUGCUUUGAAGUUCAAAGGCAAAGGAUAGAAGUAUUGUAGUAACAUCAAUCUAAUAUUCUACUGUCCCUGAUGUAUUCUGAAUUGCUAGUGUGUGUUUAAAAAUAAAUAGUUUUAAUCCUGGAAAGAAUUUUGGAAUAAUAGUAAACUUAAUUAUUUAGAGAUUUUUUAUUUCCAGACACUUCCUUUACUGUUUCAGAUGUUGCCUUCUUAGUUCAUACAAAGGUCAAAGUAUUUUUAACUAAUAAAUGUUCAGUGCUAGAUGCCUCAUGGAGUUAUAAAAUAGCCUGGUUUAUAACUGUUGCGAAAUGUCUGUUGGUUGCCUUCGUCAGGUUUUUUUUAAUCAGGUUUUUUAAAUCUUGGUUUAGUUCUAAAGUGUAGCUCGCAGAUCAGAAGUUUUAAAAUUUCUCAGGCAUGAGUUCUGUUUUUGUCCUCAUGCAUGAAGUGGAAGCUCUAUGGUUGUAAUCUUGUAAAAGGAUUUACAAGCAGAACUCUUACUAACCUAUUAGUUCAUUAGAGUCCAUGUAUUCUGCAUGAGAGUAAGGUUCCCACUUGCAAAUCUUUUUGCAGGAUUGGGACAUUAGGUUUUUCAGAGUGCCCCUGCUCAGUCUUUGUUUCAUCAUGAUCCUCUUUUCUGACAUUGAUAUCUGUAAUCGUUCUUGCAGCGCCAAAUCGUCAUGUUACAAUGGUGGGAAAAUAAGUAGCAGAAGCAGACAAACUAAAGAAUAAAUAUAUGAUUAUGUAAAAUUGGAGACCCUCAACUAAUUGAACUGCAGAACAGAAAUACAGAGAAUAAAACAAACAGAACUAUUUUUAAUGGAAUGUUUUCCAUGAUGUAUUUGCUGCUCUUUCAGCUUCAAUCUUACAAUGCUGUUGGAAGGAAGGAUACAUUGUUUUUUCCUUUUCUUGACCAAACUACCAAAACUAAAUAAAUAGUUAUAGUUCAUAGCUUUUUAAGGCCAGAAGGGCCAUAAUGAUUUAUUCUGAUCUCUUGCAUAACAGGCCAUUGAAUUUCGUCCAGAAGCUCUUCCAUUGAGUUCAGUUCCUGUAUUUUGAACUACAGCAUAUCUUUUAGGAAAGCAUCCAGUGUUUAUUUAAAGACUUCAAGUGAUGGCAAGCUAUUCCAGUGGUUAAUUAUUACUGUUAAAAUGUGUGCUUUAUUUCCCGUUUGAAUUUUUUUAGUUUCAACUUUCAGCCAUUGGAUCUUAUGCCUUUAGUCUGCUAGUUUAGAACCCUCUACUAUCAAAUCAUCUCCUUGUGUGUAGCUAGUUAUAGACCACUAUCAAGUGAAUUCCUUAAGUCUUAUUGCAAGGAAUGUUUCCUGAUUUCUGAUCAUUCUUCUCUGAGCAUCUCAAAUAUUUCAACAUUCUUUUUGAAGUGUAGACUCAGUAUUUCAGUAGUGAUUCUACAAAUACCAUGUACAGAGUCAUAUUACCUCCCUACUUCUACUUGAUAUUCCCAAAGGAUCACAUUAUCUUUUUGCCACAGCAUUUCACUGAGAGCUGACGAUGACCAAAGUUGUCUUCAGAGUCACUGCUUUCAAGAAUACAGUCCAUCAUCCUUCAGUUAUGACCUACAUUAUUUGUUCCUAGACCUUGCAUUUGGCUACAUUAAAACACUCUUAAGUCCAAUUGAAAAAAAAUCUAGAUUAUUCUGUAAAAGUGACCCGUACUACUUCACCAAUCUUUGUGUUCUCUGCAAACUUUAUCACUAGAGAUUUUACAUUUUCUUCCAAAUCAUUAAGUAAAAAUAUUGAAUAGUAUUGGGCCAAGAACUGAUCCGUUUAAGAUCUCACUAAAAGCACCCACUCUCAUUGAUUCCCUAUUAAUAUUACAUUUUGAGAUCUUUCCACUUGUUUUUAAUCCAUUUUAUAGGCCAUAUUGAUUUUAUAUAGCACUAGAAUUUUAAUCAGAAUUUUGUGCAACUAAUUCACCCACCUUACAAAAUUUGUAAGUAUAUUAUAUCAGUCCAUUAACCUUUAUCAACUAAACUUUUUCAUAUCAAAGGUAUAAAGCUCAUUUGACAAUACCUAUUUUCCAUGUAACCACGUUGACUAGCAUUAAUUACAUUUCCAUCUUUAAAUGAAUCCCAUAUCAGCUGUUCCAUUAUUUUCCUUGGGAUUCGCACAGCAUUGUUUUUUUUCAAGACCUCUGGAACUUCCCUACUGUUACGAGAUGUAUUAAACAUUAACUUCAUUGGUCCAGAGAGCUCCUCAGACACUUCUUGUAAAAUUCAUGGGUACAAGUUAUCUGGAUUACCUGUUUCAAAAGUAUUCAACUUCUGCAGAUGAUUAACGUUGUCUUUAGCUACCGUUGGAAUAAAAAGGGUUUCAACAUUCAUUAUGAACUGAUAUCACAUAAUAUCCUUUCCAAACACUGUACAAAAAUAGUUAAUGUUUUUUGCAUCAUUGGUAAUUUUAUCAUCUCUAUUAAUGGAUUUUUGUCAUUUUUAGAAUUUUUUUGUGAUUUCUUUUUAAAAAUUGUUUUCAUUGCCCUUAAGUCUAUUGCCAUAGAUUUUUUUUUUUUAUUCACACUUUUAGCUUGUCUUGUCAAUUGCCUACAAUUUAACUUAUAUUUAUAGCCAUCAACUUCUAUUUCCUUUCUAUUAUAUAUUGACUUUUUUAUUGCUGGUUUCACAUCCCCCCCUUUUAAUCACAUUUUUUUUAAUUAAGUAAACUGUGUGUGUGAGAGAGAGAGAGACUGAGGAAUUUGUAGCAAUUUGGACAUCUAGUAAAGUGUUCGUAAACUAUUUACUAUUUUUUUCACAUUACUUUUGACAUUCUUCUCAAUCAAUUUUGUUCACUUGCACUUAGGCAAACACUGCUUUUUAUUUCAGUGAUCAAUUCAACUUUAUCUGUCAGAAUAAGGUCCAAUAUUUUUUAAAGAAAUUAGCAUCUAAUUGGUAAACUCCAAGGUCACUUUAGUACUGGCAGGAUCAGUCCUCCAGCAUUUAUUCCCCCAGGUUGUAAUCCCCCAUGGUAAGGUCAUUUUUUUUCUCUUUAGGUUGUAAAUGCUUACGUCCUGUUUUCUAGUCUGAUUUGGCCUAUAGCUUCCCUCAUGAGUAUUUAAUCUUGUGCUUUAUGAGUGAAAACAUUGAUGCAUAAACAUUCAAGAGCCUUUGCUUCCAUGUUGUCAAUUCUAAAACAGGAAAUGUUGUCUUUGGUGUAGAGCACCAACCCUCAUCAUCUUUCCAAUAUAGAUUUAGCCAGUAACUAAGGUUAUGUCUACACUUACCGUGGAUUGACGCUGCAACAACUAAUCCACCGGGGGUCGAUUUAGCAGGUCUAGUGUAGACAGCACAAUAAGUCGACCUAAGCUACGUCGACUCCAGCGAUGUUUAUUCAUGUAGCUGCAGUUGCGUAACUUAAGUCAACUUCACCCUGUAGUGUAGGCCUGCCCAAACAUUCCAAUCUGUGAAUCCUCCCAUCAGAUUUCAGUAAUAACUAUGCAAUCUCAUUACUCCUAUUCAGACUAUUUUUACCAAACAGAGAUUUUUCUUCAUUCUUAGAGAGGCCGACUCUCCUUGUUAUCAAGGACUCAAUGGUGGGUCAGAAUGACCUGCUUAUCACAGAAGUGGUGUGGAAAAAGGAAGACAGAUGGAGAGAUUCUUAAAAAAAUGCAUAGGUAUUUAUUUCACCAGCAGUUGGCUUUAGUCACAUUUUCCUAAUAAGUUUUCAGGUCUUUGACUGUGCCCCAAGCAUGCCCAAAGUUGUUUCUCCCUCUUUCCCCCUGUGAGGAAUUUAUAGUCUCUUUAAGGAGUCAAGUCCUGCCAUGUGUGCCCAAUGUCCCAAAUCCAGUAUCUUCAUUCCAGGUGCUUUUUUUUUUUUUUUUUUUUUUCAUUUUGAUGGCUUUAUUUCUAAGGUCAAAGUGUGCCAUUUCCAGGGAAUAAAGUUGUAAACAAAACUUUUGGUGCAGGAGAACAGAGGGGAGGGGAGGGAAAAUAAACAAUGUUUUGGGGAGCUUACUUAUUAAAUUUUGUCCAUAAAAGAGAACAAACAUUUCAGUAAUACACCUGAAACAAAGUUUUUGCAACAUUACUAUAGUUAAAAAUUUAGAUAUGGAGAGGAAAUGUUUAUUUGUUCUUCUACAUUAUGGAUGGUUACAUACUUGGUUACCAAUACUGAAAAAGUUGCUUUCUCUUUAUCAUACAUACACUUGCUAGAAAUCUGACCUUCCUCUUUAUUCCCCCUUGCUUUUUCUGAGUUUCACUUAAAUGUCUUGAUUGGUUAGAAUUGUAAUGUGAAUGUUUGUUUACUUUUAUUGCUUUUUGGUUUUAAUAUGUUGUUCAACACCUCAAAUGCUCCAAUGGUCCUUUUAAAAAUGCAAUUAUUUUGUAUUUUUAAUUUCAUCGUUUUACUGAAGUUUGGUAAGGUACUGUUUAAGAUUUUUUGUCAGUUUAUUUCUCAAGAUGUGAAUAUAUUGUACAAAAUACAUGCUGAAGCUUUUAUAACAGUAGUAUUCUGGGUUGGAAAAAUUGUAAUCUGCUUUCUUCUUUACCUCUAUCUUUCAAGUUGUUUGUUGAGGAGUAAAGCAUGUAGCAGAGGGAUAGUAUUACUUAAGUUGUCUGAUACCUGAAUGAAUAUAGUGGAAUUCUCUUAAUUGGCACUUCCUGGUACUCAGAAGACUAUGCCAGUUCAUUUAUCUUAUCAGUUAUGAGACUCAUAAUACAUUGUAAUGAUAUUUGCUUUUAUUUCAUGACUUGAACUAAAGGUAAGCAGUGCAGAAAGCAUUAAAAAAAACCCUAAGUCAUAUUUGAUUAGCAUCCAUAACUGAACAGUGAAGCAACAUGAAAUAAAUAAAGGUCCACAAAAGGGGACAUUUUUUAGCUAAUACAAAUUCACACAUUUACUUCUGUGACUAGGUUUACUACACAGCACCAGGCAUGAAGUUUAUCCACAGUCAUUGAAAUUCAUUAUCCUGUAUUUAUUUUUGGGCAGUCAAGCAGGGGUGCCAUCUAUCAGGGUGCCUAUUAAGUGGAUUCUACUAUCUAGAAAACAAUAAAACUCAUUUGAAAACACAUGAACCUUUGUGUUUUAAUGCAUUGCCAAAACAUUUUGAAUGUAGCACAAUGAAAAGAGAAAUGGGUGAGUUUAAUGCAUCUCAUUUGUCACUUAAUCAUAUUUGUAUUGUCUCAGCACUAAGUAUUUUUUUCAGGAACUUUAGCUUCGUGCUUAGGCUAUGUCUACGCUAUGAGUGCUACAGUGACACAGCUGCAGCACGAUAGCGUAGACACUUCCUACAUCAACGGAAGGGGUUUUCCAACAUUGUAGGUAAUCCACCUCUCCGAGAGGCAGUACCCUAGGUCAACAGAAGAAUUCAUCUGUCCACCUAGCCAUGUCUACACCAGGGGGUUACGUCAACCUAAUUACGGUGCUCAGGGCUUGAGAUUUUUCAUAGCCCUGAGUGACAUAGCAAGGUGUAGACCAGGCCUUAAAAAUUAAUCAGUACAUCCCAAUCUAGAGUUAAAAAACAACCUGGUACAAUUUUAUGUUAAUGCAAUUUUUAAAAAUUGUAUGGUUGAGACCUUGAGGACGGGUGCUGGAAAUGGUCCACGAGCCCUAUAUACUGUGAACUACAAUUUAGAUGUCAGUGAUGGCACAACCUUUCAUUUUGUAGAAAUUUAGUAAAAGUAUUUCUUUACUGUGAUGCUUGAACCACUGGCUAUGAGAAGAUUAAUACGGUAGUAAUCUCUUGUACUGUACAGAAUGUCCUAACUAUUUUAUGUGGUUUUUGUAUGUAGGUGGAGCUAAUUUUUGCAAUUGUAUCUUAGAUGUUAGCUUAACAUGUUUACAUUUUUACUCGUAUUGUGAUUUAAUUUCAUCUAUGCUAAUUGUUUUAAUACUGAAUAGGUAUUUUAUUUUGAUUGAACAUAUUUGGAAUUACUGCUUUAGUGUUCAGUUGAUUUAUAAUCUAAUGUAAGCUGCUUUAAUAGAAAAAUACAAAUUUGAAAAUUAAUGUAUUGUGAAAUGUUAGAGAAGGAUCUUAAUUGUUUGCUGCUAAAAUGUGGAUUGUUUGCAACUAGAACUGUACAUCCAAGAUAAAACCACGUCUGCAAUAAAAGGAUUCCGUAUUCAAUUUUCUUUAAACUGGACUAUAAUAUGUAGUUCUAGGAUUAUAAAGAAUGUGGCUCAUGGCUUCUGUAAAAUCAAAGAACUAAUUUAUGUUUAACUACCUCUUAGCAGACAGAACAGAAUGUAUAGUUUGAGUGCAACCACCUAGGCUAGCAUUAACAAUAGUAAACAUCUUGACCUCAAUCUAGUAAUCAGAAGAGAUGAUAAAAAUAUCCACUAGCUAAUGUUAAUUGCAGUACUAAUACCCGAGUAUAUCCAUUAUGUAGAUAUUUAUAAACUAAUUUGGACAUUAUAACCUGACAUUCAUCUUGUUUGUACAGGCAUGUGCUAGUGCUAUAUUUCCCAUGAUGUCCUACCGUUUUCUUUAUUCUGAGCAUAUCCUAUAAAUAACACUGAGCAAACAGAUUUAAAAUAAGUAUGCUCCUCAACCUGGCCUUCGAGACUUGUUUGGUGACUUUAUUAGUAAACCACUGUCUUUAUUAAAACUGUUACAUUGUUUUCUUGGAUGGAAAGUAAAAAAUUACAGUUCUGUUCACUAAAUGAAACCCUUCAUGUAGCUCUGCUAAUUUAAAGUAAAGUGCACUAUGCAAAUAGUGU